GUUAAAAGUCACUUGCUUGAUAUUUAUAGAAGCCUGGAAUUGUAUUUGUAGAGAAUUAUUUGGUUUUCCGUCGUUUAUUAUUUGAAGAGUAAAUAAGUUAAUUUAAAUUUUAAAUUCACAAGCAACGUCUAUUAUUGUUGUAGUUUAUAAAUAAUAACAACAAUGGGGAAACGCCAGCACCAGAAAGAUAAAAUGUACCUCACGUACACCGAAUGGACUACAAUAUACGGUGGAAAGAGAUCAGGAACGGCGGUUGAAGAAGAUACAUCUUUUAAGCGACUACCGUAUGACCAUUGUUGUUUAUGUUUACAACCUUUUGACGAUCCUUAUUGCGACGCUGAUGGGAACGUCUUUCAAUUGCAAGCAUUUGUUGAGUUUGUGAAAAAGUAUAAAAUCAACCCAGUAACAGGAAAUAAAGUGGACAUCAAAAGUUUAAUCAAGCUAAACUUCUUCAAAAAUGCCUCUGGAGACUACCACUGUCCCGUUUUGUUCAAACCAUUUACUAAAAACUCCUACAUUGUGGCUGUACGCACAAGUGGUAAUGUGUACUGUUAUGAAGCAGUUGAACAGCUCAAUAUUAAAGGAAAGAAUUGGAAGGACCUUAUCAGUGAUACACCUUUCACCAGAAGUGAUAUUAUUACUAUACAGGACCCAAAUAAUUUAGGAAAAUUUAAUAUAUCAACAUUUCAUCACAUAAAAAAUAAUUUGAGAGUGGAAACAGAGGAGGAAAUAGCUCUAAGGAAAGAUCCACAUGCAAGACUAAAGACAGUAUCAAAUGAAACAAAAGAUAUUCUGAAAGAGCUUGAAAGAGAAUACAAAGCACCGGAAGCAAAGGAAGUUAAGAAAGAGGUUGCAGACAAGUUCAAUGCAGCGCACUACUCAACAGGCAUGGUGGCCGCUAGUUUCACAUCCACAGCCAUGGUGCCAGAGACUAUACAUGAGGCAGCAAUCAUUUGUGAAGAUGAAGUCAAAUAUGAGAGGGUUAAGAAGAAAGGAUAUGUUAGACUGGUGACAAAUGUGGGACAGCUAAAUUUCGAACUGUAUUGCGAUGUGACGCCGAAAGCUUGCGACAAUUUUAUAAAGCAUUGCCUCAGCGGAUACUACAACGGAACGAAGUUCCAUCGGUCUAUUAGGAACUUUAUGAUCCAAGGCGGCGAUCCAACAGGUACAGGUUUGGGUGGUGAAUCUAUAUGGAAGAAACCAUUCGAAGACGAGAUCAGACCAAACUUGCACCACACUGGCCGGGGAGUGUUAUCCAUGGCCAAUUCUGGACCGAACUCCAAUGGGUCGCAAUUUUUCAUCACAUUCCGCUCCUGCAAGCAAUUGGACGGCAAGCACACAAUAUUUGGCAAGCUUGUUGGCGGAUUGGACACGUUGGGCGCCAUGGAGCAGAUCGAGGUAGACAACAAGGACAGGCCAAUACAGGACAUCAUCAUGGAGGUCGCUCAGGUGUUCGUCGAUCCGUUUGCGGAGGCGGAAGAACAACUUAUUGCAGAAAGAGCUGAAGAACUAAAAAGAAAAGCAGAAGCAGAGGGGCCAGGCGUCAAACCUAAGAAGGCUUCCAAACAACCACUCAAAGUAUUCAGGGAUGGAGUGGGCAAAUACCUCAACUUACAAGAGGUGACAACAACUAGUAAAACUCCCAAAAAUCAAGAAACCCUUGCUAAGAAAUCUAAAAAAGAUAACAAUUAUAACUUUGGCAGUUUUUCUUCAUGGUAGCCAAAAAUAUUAACGUCAGAUCAGAAAAUGUCCUACAAGUACCAAGCAAUUUAGCCUUUUUGUACAUAAUAACAGAGUACCUAGCAAUUUAGCCUUCUCAUACAAAAUAACAAGUUAUGGGGUAUGGACUUAAUAUAACUGCCAUAUAAUGGGGAUUACCAUUGUAUCUAUAAUUUGUUAUAUUAUAAGUAUACUACAUCUAAGUAUAGAUAUACUUAAAUAUCGAGGGUAUGAGAAAUUUGGGAAUAAAUAUAUAAUUUCUGAAUUUUAUCUGGUCUGGUGGUAGGCUUCUGUCUAGUUACCACCCUACCGAUAAAGAAGUGCCUCUUAGAGUUUUAACCUACUAUCCCUGAUGAGAGUGCAGUCAAGGCCUAACUUGUAGUAAAAUUAAAAAAAAAAAAACUGAAUUGGAACACUUGUGACUAGUCAACACAUUAGGCUUAACAGGUCAGUUCGCUACCAUCUUAGACUGCAUCACUACUUCAAGAUGAAAUUUCAGUCAGCUGCGUUGUAUCUAUCGCCCUAGGUAGAUAACAUCUCACUAUUAUUAAUAUUAAAUUUUUGCUAAUGCUUUUACCACAGGUCUAGAAUAGGUAUAUAAACUGCAAGAAAAUCUGUUUUGGUAAUAAAAUGGUCUGUUUAUAUGGGUAUUGUAAAGAUUUAUAAAUGCAAAUAUGAAUAAAAGUAUGAUGUAAAGUU